AUGACGCCAAACAUCAAGUCCGUCGCAUUCUUUGGCGCUAGCACCGGUGUUGGGCUCGCUGCCCUCGAACACACUCUCACUGCCGGACACAAAUGCAUCGCGCUGUGUCGUGAUCCCUCAAAACUCACCGACAUCUUCCCUUCAGAGUCAACACCAAACCUGAAAGUCAUCAAAGGCAAUGCACACGAUAUCUCCACCGUAUCACAGUGCCUCCAAACCGACGAUGGCCGCAUCGUCGAUGUAAUCGUAUCCACCAUCGGCGCCAAGCCACAUGGAAUGACUAUCGACGAUCCGGACGUCUGCAAGAAAGGCGCGGCAACUCUCCUAGAUGCUCUCGCCCAGCUUCGAGGCACCGGAAUCAAUGGGACUCCUCACAUCAUUGGUUGCAGUACAGUGGGCUUUUCCCGCUUCGGUCGCGAUAUCCCUAUAGUUAUGAUUCCCAUCUACAACCUCUUUGUCAAAGUCCCCGGAACAGACAAGGUAGUCAUGGAAGACCGUUUCGCGCAGAGCGGGGAAUCGUUCACAAUCAUUCGUGCGAGCCAUCUUGUUGAUGGUGAGUCGGAUAAGGCUAUUCGCGUGGGCAUUGAGGAUCCUAAGACUGGUCCGGAGUCUAAAGCUGUCGGGUAUACUAUCUCUCGGGAGGAUGCGGGGAGGUGGCUUGCUGAGAACCUUGUCUUGAAGUCAGAUGAGAAGUAUAUAAACAAGAAUGUAACUGUUACAUAUUGA